AUGUCGGAGACCGCUUUAAAAGGCAGCCUUGCUAGUAGCCCUUCGUCAUCGCCGCCACCACCCACAUUUUCUCGUCUCGGGUCCCGGUCUAAGGUCAUCGCUAAGCAGUAUGAUGCAGCUUUAGCUUUGGCCUCGACUGCCGAUUCAUCCGUUGAUGGCCUUUGCAAGAUCAUUUGGGGCCAACGACGUUUUGUUAUUGGAAGCCUCUUAGACAAGAGGAAAAGUAGGGGCAGGCGAAGCUGGAUUGGAAACCAUGGCUGGUUCCUAGCAGAGUUGAGGAAAGACAAUACGUCCAGUGGGGAUAUCUGGUGUUGCCGGCUCUGCGAUGAUAAGGGUGCACCGCGAUUUUUUAAUGCUCAGUCGACAUCAUCGGCAUCAGCUCAUCUUUUCAAAGCUCACGGGAUCACCGAGACCUUUGAAGCGGGUUCAUCUGGUGACUCUUCAGUUAUCGAUCUCCAGAGAAAUGCAUCCAAGAAACGGCCCGCCUCUUCUUCCUUCCUUCUUCCUCGAGCAAAGAUGGCACGGAUUAGAGAGCUCAGUGCUGGAUAG